AUGCCGGUGCUUGAUGAUAUUGACCCGGCAGUCUAUACCAACGUCCCCGGCUUUUGUUCCAAUGACUACCUUUCCAUCACCCCCAAUCCUCAGCUGAACAGCGAUGUUCUCAAAGCUCUCAUCCCGUCAAAAAGGUCGCUCGGCUCUACGGGCUCCCGUCUCCCGAACUGGAACAGCCCAAGUCAUGCAGAGACGGAAAAGUGCCUCCAGACCCACUUCAACGCUCCUGCAGCUCUCAUGUUUACCUCUGGCUACGAGGUCAACGUCGCGCGCGUUCUUCAGGUGUGUACCCCGGUAGAGGACAUCAUUGUAUUUGACAAACCCAUUCACGCGUCGGUGGGGGACGGGAUUGCGGCAGCACCGACGCGUAACACACACCCCUUCUCCCAUAACUCUGUCGCGUCUUUUGAGAACUGCAUAGCCGAGCUCUUGAGAAAUCAUCCAGAGAUUUUGGCUGGCAAGUCGACAGUGUUUGUCACAGUGGAAAGCUUGUACAGUAUGGAUGGGGAUUUCUCUCCUUUACCACAGAUCAUCGAGACUCUCUGUCGGUAUAUACCGAAGGCGUAUAGUUAUAUGGUCGUGGAUGAGGCACAUACGACCGGAUUAUAUGGUCCGACGGGUCGGGGGUAUAACGAGGUCGAUACGGCCCUUCAUACAUUCGGAAAAGCCAGAGGCUUGACGGGAGCCGUCAUUCUCAUGUCCCAAAUUAUCCAGAAGUACCUCGUCAAUUAUGCUCGACAUUUGAUCUACACGACGUCGAUAUCCCAUCUCCACCCCAUAGCUAUUAGAAGCCCACUCAAAUUUAUUUCCGUACUAUUGAUGAAUACAAUUUUAAAAACCCACAUUAUAUUAUAA